AUGUUUAUGUUCAACAAUGCUCAAAAUUCAAGUGGGUGUAUUGAUUUAUUUGUUGAGUAUUCACCAGUGAGAAGUUCAGAAAUCCCACCAGUUGUUGAUUGUGGUAUUGGAUCAUCUGCGAGGGUUGAACUUUUGAGCUCUGAUUGUGGUAUUGGAUCAUCUGCGAGGGGUGAACAUAUGAACUUUGAUCAUAGUAUGAAUGAGCAGAGAGAUGUUGUAGAUGCUGUUGAUGUUGGUGUUGGAUUGAAUGAUGAGGUAGAUGUAGCAGAUGUUCUUAAUGAGCCAACAACACUAUCUGAGACUGAGCCAAAACCCGAUCUCUGUGAUGGUGAUAGUUCUUCUGAUGAUGAGCUAAUACCAUGUAAACCUGUUGUACAAGGUGAACAACCACUUCCGGAAUACAACACUCGAGGGUUGAAAUUCUUUCGCGAAUUACCAAGUCGUCCUUCUGGAGUAUCUGAUGAUGUUGUUGAUAAUGAACACAACAAUUUGUAUUGGGAUGAGAAAGAGCCGCAUCGGAUUGUGUUGGGAACAAAAUUUGAUUCGAAGCUUCAUGUGAAGACUGCUAUAACUAUGUGGAGUUUGUGGCAGGAAAAACAGUUUAAGGUCGUCGAGAGCAAAUUAAGAAGGUGGCAUGCCGUAUGCAAAUUUCCAGCAGGAACGACAACAACAGGUAUAGGCAUCAUCAGCACCACCGACGCUGAAAAAGCGAGGGAAUGUAAGUGGGAGGUUUCAGUUACACAAAUGGCGCAUGACGAUAUGUGGGAAGUUAGAAAGUGGGUGGGUCGACAUACUUGUGUAGGCCAUCGUGCUAACAGAGAUCAUGCUAACUUCUCAUCGGCAAUGAUUGCUCUGUGUAUUCGACAUCAUGUGCGACAAUGUGCCGAUUUCAAGGUCUUCUCAAUAAUAGCUGAUGUUCAAGACAGAUUUGGUGUGUCAAUCAGUUAUAAGAAGGCAUGGUAUGCAAAGAGAAAGGCUAUAGAGUUUGUAUAUGGUGGAUGGGAGGAAUCAUUUAGGCAGUUGCCAAGCUACAUGUUUGAACUCCAGUCACAGAAUCCGGGCACAAUUGUUGAGUGGAAGCACAACGAGCUGUUGAGUCAGAGACGUACAAAUGUGUUCAACUAUGUUUUCUGGGCAUUUGGGCCUACAAUACAUGCUUUCUAG